AUGGCGACCACCGCCGUCUUCAUGCCGCGUCUCCCCGCCAAACCCACUCGCUGCUCUGCCUUGCCUUACCUCCCUCCUCGCCUCUCGUCCACCACAUCUUCCUUCCCUCUUAAAGCCUUUCCAGAAUCCCGGAGGCUUUCUCUCCAGAUCAGAGCAUCAUCUUCAGAAGAGACAUCCACUUCCAUUGACACUGGUGAGCUGUUAACAGACUUGAAGGAGAAGUGGGAUGCAGUUGAAAACAAGUCCACAGUAAUUCUGUAUGGAGGUGGCGCGAUAGUCGUGGUGUGGUUGUCUUCAAUAGUUGUUGGUGCCGUCAAUUCAGUGCCACUUCUUCCAAAGGUCCUGGAGUUGGUAGGGCUAGGAUACACUGGAUGGUUUGUCUACCGUUACCUACUCUUCAAGGCAAGUUUAAAGCUCUCAAUUUAA